GAGGCGGUGGCGCUGCUGCUGCUGCUAGCAGGGGAGGAUGGCGGGGGACAGCGAGCAGAGGCUGGAGGAGCACGGGCAGCCCAGCGGCGGCGAGCCUUUCCUCAUCGGGGUCAGCGGCGGCACGGCCAGCGGCAAGUCCUCAGUAUGCUCCAAGAUCGUCCAGCUGCUGGGCCAGAACGAGGUGGACUACCGCCAGAAGCAGGUGGUGAUUGUGAGCCAAGACAGCUUCUACCGGGUCCUCACCUCAGAGCAGAAAUCCAAAGCGCUCAAAGGCCAGUUCAAUUUUGACCACCCAGAUGCCUUUGACAAUGAGCUGAUCGUGAAAACCCUCAAAGAGAUCACAGAAGGGAAGACGGUCCAGAUUCCUGUCUAUGACUUUGUCUCCCACUCCAGGAAAGAGGAGACGGUGACCGUCUACCCUGCCGACGUGGUGCUCUUUGAAGGCAUCCUGGCCUUCUACAGCCAGGAGGUGCGGGAUCUCUUCCGCAUGAAGCUCUUUGUGGACACGGACGCAGACACCCGGCUGUCCCGCAGAGUGCUACGAGACAUCAGUGAGCGAGGCAGGGACCUCGAGCAGAUCUUAUCUCAGUACAUCACCUUUGUCAAGCCUGCCUUCGAGGAGUUCUGUUUGCCAACCAAGAAGUAUGCUGACGUGAUCAUUCCGAGAGGAGCAGAUAAUGAAGUGGCCAUAAACCUGAUAGUGCAGCACAUCCAGGACAUUCUUAACGGAGGACUCAGCAAACGCCAGAGCAACGGCUACCUGAAUGGCUACACUCCUCCCCGCCAGCGGCAGCCCUCAGAGUCCAGCAGCCGGCCUCACUGACCCCACGCGGCAGGCGCGAGGCUGGGGGCGGAGGGCGCUCGGGCCCUGCCACUGCCCCUCUGUACAUACUGUCCGUUCAUUCCCCCCUUAUCUAUUUAAGAAACCAGACGGAGAUGAAUGCCUUUAAUUUUGUAUGUUGGAAAUGCUGAAUGAGAAGCAGCCGGCUGCUCGGGAGCCUGGACCGCCCACAGCUCCUGGCCUUGCUCAAUAACUCCUCCAGCACGGAACCGGCUAUAAAUCUCUAUAAAUAUAGAAUUGCUCUAUUUUUGUGUAAAUGCAGAAUAAUGUAAAAUUACUUGCCAUAAGGUAUUUGCCAGGCUCAGUGUUGCUGGGAGGGGGCUGGGAAGAGGGUCCUGGGAGAUGUUGGUGUCAGGAUCUUCACUUCAAAAGCGGUAAGGAAGGAAGAGCAUUCAACAGCUGCUUUAGUGUCGCAGUGGUCUCCAUCCCAGGGAAGGGAUGGGCUGUGAUGGAGGUGGCAACUUGAGUGCGGCAUGGAUUUUGUGACUGGGCUGGGGUUGCCGCCUCCUGCUACUGCUGUUCAGGUCCAAGCAGCGUGGUUUUGGCUGGCAGGCACUGCACAAUGCCACUGGGAGUUGGGAGAAUGAUGUGUAAUACCUCCCCUGACUGUCUCUGCACCUCCAGGUCUCCGUCCCUCAACAGCAUCCCUUUCUGUGUCUGACACCCCUUCCCACCUCAGGUGUGGGUGUGCUGUCACACCCUCCAGCAAGGACCUGGUAGGUGAUGUGGGGUAUGUGAUCAUAUAAACAUGGCAGCUUGCGUCUUUAGCAGUCUCACUGCCUGCCUUGGGUGGGGACGGCACGUGGAUACCUUCAGCCCCUCUGGAGCUCAGUGGCCAUGUGUGGGGGGACUCCUAGCCGAGCCCUGGGCUCAACCCUAAGCCUCGAGGUUGGCUUGCAGAAGGUCAGAGGUGUGUCUGUCAUUCCUCACUUGGAAUGAUUUUGCUCUUGGAUGGGGGGGUUUGGGUCUGUAAGAUAUGGUUAAGGGAGAACCAGCCUCUUCUGAAAGAAAGGGGCAAUGGAUGAUGAAAGGCAGCUGCUGAGCAGCCUGUCUGAGGGGGGACAGCAGUGUGUAGCAGUUCCUGGGCUGCCUAGGAUCUUCAUAUGGGACAUCCACAGAUCCCAGCUGGGUAGCAUGAAACUGGAUGCCCAGGAGUCCUCUGCUCCCCUUUUUCAGAGCAUGGUGUUGUCUGGCCUGUGUCCCUUUCAUUGCAUCCUGGUGGAGGACACUGUGUCCCUGCAGUAUUGCCAUCCCCAGGGCUGCCCAGGGAGUGCCCUCCCUUGCCCCAGGUGAGAAUUAGUCUCCACUAACCUGGUAGUGCUGCAACAGCCGUGUCCCUGGAGAGCCUGGUGGGGUUGUACUGCAGGUCUGGCGAUGCCUGGAGAGCCAGGUGGGGCAGCUGGGCUGG